AUGGCUCUGCCACCGUUCAAGACUGAGCCCAUUGCUAUUGUUGGAAGCAGUUGUCGCUUUCCUGGUGGUGCCAACUCGCCAUCUAAACUGUGGCAACUUUUGAAGGACCCUAAGGAUGUGCUGGUGAAGAUACCUCCCAGUCGGUUCAAUCCAGAUGGAUUUUAUAAUACAAAUGGAGAGCAUCAUGGGAGUACAAAUGUAUUGCACUCCUAUCUCCUGGAAGAGGAUCAUAGAGAGUUUGAUCAUAAUUUCUUCAAUAUCCACCCCAGAGAGGCGGAGUCCAUGGACCCACAGCAACGCAUGCUGUUAGAGACAGUGUAUGAAUGUGUUGAAGCGGCAGGAUACUCCAUUCAGGAACUGAAGGGUUCUCAAACGGCUAUUUUCGUAGGCCAGAUGACGCAAGACUACUCAGAUCUCAUGUUGCGUGAUGUGGAUAGCGCGCCCCAGUACGCUGCUACAGGAAUCUCAAGGGCCAUCCUUUCCAACCGAGUCUCGUACUUUUUCGACUGGAAAGGCCCAUCAUCAACAAUAGAUACAGCUUGCUCAUCAAGUUUAGUGGCUUUGCAUCACGCUGUGCAAACUCUGAGAAGUGGAGAAUCAUCACUGGCUGUGGCAGCCGGUGUGAAUCUGAUCCUUGGCCCGGAUCCAUACAUUCUUGAGUCCAAGCUUCACAUGCUAUCCCCAACUGGCAGAUCUCGCAUGUGGGAUGCCGACGCUGACGGCUACGCUCGCGGCGAAGGUUUCGCAUCAAUCCUUCUGAAGACUCUUAGCCAAGCCAUUAAAGACGGUGAUCACAUAGAAUGCCUGAUUCGGGAAACGGGUGUCAACCAAGAUGGACACACAUCAGGCAUUACGAUGCCCAGCUCCAUAUCCCAGACAGCGUUAAUCAAGUCCACUUAUACCAGAGCAGGCCUUGACUUUAACAAAAAGGAAGAUCGCUGCCAGUAUUUCGAGGCCCACGGUACAGGAACCAUGGCUGGUGAUCCAAUUGAAGCAAGGGCUGUCCGAGAUGCUUUCUUCGGUGCAGAGGAAGAAGAAGACAAUGCCAGUGCAGCUGAAUCAGACGAACCUCUUUACGUUGGAUCUGUCAAAACAGUCAUCGGCCAUUUGGAGGGCACGGCAGGAUUGGCGGGAUUGUUGAAAGCUUCACUUGCCGUUCAGCACGGUAUUAUCCCGCCCAAUAUGCUCUUCAACAGGCUCAACCCAGCAAUCUCCCCGUUUUAUACUCAUCUUUGCGUACCAACCCAAGCCAAACCAUGGCCUAAACUGCCUCCCGGAGUUCCAAGGCGUGCCAGUGUUAAUAGUUUUGGCUUUGGAGGCACCAACGCUCACGCAAUCUUAGAACACUGGCCGCCAGGAGGGAAUGACGAAGCUCUUCAGGUCCCUUGUGGCCCAUUUACUUUGUCGGCCAACACAGAAAAGGCUGUGAGGGCCAGAGCGCAGUCUCUUGCCAUGGCAUUGGCAUCUGGAGAGCUAUCAGAUCUCUCAAAUCUGGCAUGGACGCUGCAGACUCGUCGCACGCAGUUUCCGCAUAGAAUAUACAUCUCAGCAUCUACCCAAGAAGAGCUUGUAAAGAAGCUAAACAAUGUGGCAAACCAAGCAGCUUCUACACCUACGAGAGCGAUUCACGCGACGGAGGAUCUUCCGGCAAGAAUCCUUGGAAUAUUUACUGGUCAAGGUGCGCAGUGGCCCUCUAUGGGUCGGCGUCUCUAUGAGAAGUCAAAGAGGUUCAGACAGACAAUUGAUGAACUUGAAAAAGCACUCAGCAAUCUGCCUAUUCCACCCUCCUGGUCAUUAUCUGGCGAGCUGGUUGCAUCAGAUGAGAAUUCUCGAAUACACGAAGCUACCAUUUCUCAACCACUUUGCACGGCUCUUCAAAUUGCGCUGGUCGACUUGCUAUAUGCCUCUGGAAUUACGUUCAGCGCUGUUGUGGGACACUCGUCUGGAGAAAUCAGCGCGGCCUACGCUGCUGGAUAUCUCAAGGCUGCAGAUGCGGUGGCUAUCGCGUAUUAUCGUGGAGUAUUUGCUCAUCUUGCCGGCGGACCAGAGGACCGGAAAGGAAAGAUGAUGGCAGUUGGCAUGAGCUUUGAGCAAGCUCUCUUCUUCUGUAAAGAAGCACAGUUUGCAGGCAGGAUCCAGGUAGCUGCGAGCAACUCACGAUCCAGCGUGACAUUAUCUGGAGAUGAAGACGCUAUUGAAGAGGCCAAGCAGCUCCUGGACCAGCAACAGACUUUUGCAAGAGUGCUGAAAGUGGAAAAGGCGUACCACUCACAUCAUAUGCAACGUUGCGCACAGCCUUACCUUGAAUCGCUCCAGAAGCUUGACAUUCAGAUCCGGGCCGAUCAUUUGAAGUGCAAAUGGUAUUCGAGUGUUUAUGGUUCAAAUGGUCGUCGCAUUGAUGACACCGAGGCCUUUAAGGCCUCAUAUUGGGUUGACAACAUGGUUAAGCCGGUAUUGUUUUCUCAAGCCAUUGAUAGAGCAGUAGUUGAAGAGCAUUGCCACGAUAUUGCCCUAGAAGUAGGACCGCAUCCUGCAUUGAAAGCACCAGCGUUGGAGACACUUAAAAACUUGACAGGGUUGGAUCUACCAUACUCUGGCGUUCUUAAACGUGGCGAAGAUGAUAUGGAGUCGUUCUCAGAUGCUCUGGGCUUUAUCUGGUCCAAUUUCCACACACCAACUCCCGUCGUUGACUUUGCCGGAUUUAGGAAAGCCUGUCUUGCGGGCGAGGCAGGAGAAAGUUUAACGCUGAAAGGCAUUCCGCCGUAUCCAUGGGAUCAUGACGCCAAGUUGUGGAAAGAAUCCCGCAAGUCUCGCAACUAUCGAUCUCGCAAGAAUCCCAUGCAUGAGCUUUUGGGCUAUGCAACCACACAUGGCAACAACAGCGAGGUGAUUUGGCGCAACGUGAUGAAGAUCAAAGAAAUGGAGUGGCUUAGGGGCCACGUAUUCCAAGGCCAAGUGCUUUUCCCUGCUGCUGGAUACGUAUCCAUGGCUUAUGAAGCGUCGAUCCGACUUGCGACUGGCGAGAUUGAAGUCCGGCUUGUCGAGCUUGAGGAUCUUGUGAUUCAUCGCGCAAUCACACUCGAAGAUGAGUCGAGCGGUACUGAAGUUACUUUCAUAAUUCGAGUUAAAUCUCAAACCUCAGACCAGAUCACGGCUGAAUAUUCAUGCUACAGCUGUAAAGUGGACGGGGCAUCAGAGCUGCCUGACAGCACCAACUUCACAGGGCGCGCCAUUAUCCAUCUCGGAACGCCCCGUCUGGACUCUCUGCCGGCUAGAGAAGCUCCAAAGCUGCCAAUGAAGCCUGUUAGUGUCAGUCGUCUGUAUUCCUACAUGGAAGAGGUCGGCCUGCGUUACACUGGCGAGUUUAUGGUCGAGGGCGUAGAGAGAAGACUCAACACGUCAACGGUGAAGUUACAACGCUUGGAUAAUUCUAAAACGAAAUUACAUCCUGCCACUCUUGAUGCGGCGUUUCACGGAAUUUUCACCGCGCUCGCAUUCCCUGGAGAUGGUCAACUAUGGACACCAUAUCUGCCGACUGACAUCCGUCGCGUCCGUAUUAAUCCUGCAGCACUGGACGCCCCUGUAUCCACAAGCGAUAUAUCAGAUCUGAUUGCAGACUGCUACCUUACAAACGCUAAUUCGAAAACGAUAUGCGGCGAUGUAAAUGUCUCUUCGUCGACUACUGGAAUCACACAGAUUCAGCUGCAGUCUCUGACAUGUUCGUCAUUCACAAAUGCAACUCCGCAGAACGACCGCAAGCUGUUUGCAAAGACAGUAUGGAUGAGAGAUAUCAGCAGUGGUAUCGAACCGGAUAAAAUCCAGUAUUUGAGCGAAGAAGAGGUCAAUUAUGGAGACAUUUGCGAGCGUCUCGCAUAUUUCUAUUUGAGAAGGCUUCGCAAAGAAAUAUCGCCCGAGGAGAUUCCCCGUAUGGAUGAGCACUUUCAGAUUCAGAUUGACUGGAUUCUCAAUCAUUUGCUUCCAAAGAUCGAAGCUGGAAACCAUCCUCGCAUUAAAAAAGAGUGGGUAACUGAUACCGAAGAAGAUGCGCAGAAAUGGAUGGCAAAGUAUCCUGGAAAGGUAGAGCUGCAGAUGAUAUCAGCCCUAGGCGAGGUCCAACCUUCAAUCUUGCGUGGACAACUACCUGCGCUUCAAGUCAUGAUGCAGAAGGAUAUGCUUACAAGGCUAUAUGCCGAAGCAGUUCCAUUUCGCCAGACAUACAGCCAUCUCAUCACGGUAACUAGCCAGUUGGCUCACCGUUAUCCGCGUAUGAGGGUAUUAGAGAUUGGUGCUGGCACCGGUGGUGCCAGUAUUCAUAUGCUCAAAGGCCUCGCUGAUCAUUGCCAUUCUUAUACUUAUACUGAUAUCUCUGCUGGUUUCUUCGAAGCCGCUCAAGAACGUUUCCGAGAGUACUCGUCCCUGAUGGAGUGGGCAGUUCUGGAUAUUGAGCGUGAUCCCUGUGAGCAAGGAUUCGAGAAGCACUCGUUUGAUGUCAUUAUGUCUUCAAAUGCCCUGCACGCUACCAAGUCUUUGGCCCAGACACUGACCCACUGCCGAACUCUGUUGAAGCCCGGGGGGUUCAUGAUUCUCAAUGAAGUAACAAAUGACGGCGUUCUGCCACAAUUCAUCUCAUCUCAUUUACCGGGUUGGUGGCUUGGACGGGGAGAUGGCAGACUAUACCAUCCUACUGUUGACGAAUCGCGCUGGCAUAAAGAACUGCUAGCUACUGGCUUCUCUGGAGUGGACGCUGCAUACAGAGAUUAUCAUGAUCCCAAGAGAUAUCUUGCGUCUCUCAUCGUGAGUCAAGCAGUAGACGAUCGCAUCAGUCUGUUACGCAAUCCCAUGUCUUCAAAGGAGAACAUUACACAAUUAGAACACUUGUUCAUCGUAGGAGGAGAAACGGACAAAGUUCAAAAUAUGGUACGGAAAGUUGAGCCUCUUUUCCAGCACAUCGCAUCGACGGUGACUCUUGUUACAACUCUCGAGGAAGUUGGAGAAGUUAUACCUGGAUCAGCCGUGCUUAUUCUUUCUGAGCUGGAUAAACCAACAUUCGAACAAAUCACUCCUGAAAAAUUCCGUGGGAUACAGCUGAUUCUCCAAGAUGCUAAAUAUGUCUUCAGCCAAAUGGCACUUUUGUUCUCUCCCCAUGCUCGAUCAAUUUUGAAUGUGCCCAAGAUAGAAAUACUGCUUCUCCAGCAGCAGUUUGCUGCCUCUUCAGAAGCCGAAAGACUCAUGGCGACCAUAAUCGCUGAGAGUAUCGUUCAAAGCAGCCAAGGAAAUAUUUGGGUUCACGACUCCGAUGCGCUACUUUCCAAGCUUAUCUCUACUAUUGCUGGUGCUCGAGGGCUUGAUGUGUUCCUCAGUACAUCAUCCGAAGCAAACUCGCAGUCUUAUCCUGGUCAAGCUUUUAUCCAUCCAUAUGCGACAGAAAGGGAUGCGCGAAAUAUUAUUCCAGCGGGUAUCCAAUCAUUUGUGAACCUAGGAAAGUUCAACAGCGUACUCCAUCGCAUCGUCGAAUCUUCUCGGUGCAUUAAUCAACUGGCCGUUUAUGACGAAAACGCUAUACAUGUCAGCUUUACCAAGAAAGAGAUGGCGGGUAUUGCGAGUCGGCAUCUUUUGUCGUUGUCGGACGAUGUUGGGCAUCACCAAAGCGCUAUUACAUUGGAUCAAGUGAUGGAUAUACCGUCUCUCCCCGAUAUUCCCACUGCGAUGCUUAGUUGGAACAGCUCUGACACUGUGGAUUUGAAGAUCAGCCCCGUUGAUCCGAAUGAUCUUUUCUCAGCAAAUAAGACGUACCUCCUUGUGGGAUUGGCCUCUGAGCUCGGACUGUCUCUGUGUGACUGGAUGGUCACACACGGAGCACGCAACAUCGUGGUGACAAGCAGAAAUCCUGGCAGAGUGGACGCAGAAGUCUUGAAGUACCUUGGGCGCAAGGGUGCGAAGAUCAACAUCUUUGCCCUCGACAUAUCAGACAAGGAAGGUCUUCUCAAGAUCUACAAGGAAGUAUGCGACACAAUGCCACCUAUCGCCGGUGUUGCCAAUGCUGCGAUGGUAUUGAAUGAUAAACUGUUUACCAACAUGACUUUGGCCGACUUUGAGGUAGCUCUCAAGCCCAAGGUGACUGGAACUCAGAACUUGGAUGAAAUCUUCUACUCUACACCACUUGACUUCUUCAUCUGCUUUUCGUCGCUUACUUGCGUGAUGGGUAAUGGAGGUCAAUCCAACUAUGCCGCUGCAAACAUGUAUAUGCACUCGCUUGUACGCCAAAGAAAGAAGAGAGGCGUUUCCGCGUCCAUUAUUGACAUUGCAUUCUUGCUUGGCGUGGGUUUCGUCUCACGCAAUCUCGAGCAAUACGAAGAUCAUUUGAAGAAGGUUGGAUAUAUGAGAAUGUCCGAGCCUGAGUUUCACACGGUUUUUGCCGAGGCUAUUAUGGCUGGAAAAUCCACUUCUAGUGAGGAUCCAGAGAUCAUCAUUGGCAUUGGACAAGCAGCAAAUGCGCCUUGGUAUACUAACCCGCGUUUUGCUACCUAUGUACCGCACGAAAAUACUACAGAAAGCUCUGACCGUCAACAAGUUCAGUCUUCAGAUAGCGUCCAAGGAAGACUGGCGGCUGCUGGAAGUGGAAAAGAUGCUUUGACUGUCUUGCAGAUUGCUUGCGCCGAGAAAUUGGCCAUGAUCCUUCAAGUUCACGCCGAUUCAAUUGACCAUGCGGCACCUCUCCUCAAGCUGGGAAUUGACUCUCUAGUAGCAGUCGAGAUCAGAUCAUGGUUCCUAAAAGAAGUCAACGUUGAUAUGCCUGUUUUGAAGAUACUCAGCGGAGCUUCCCUGGCCGAUAUUUGUCAGGACGCUUUGGUGAUGCUUCCACCAACUUUAAUCUCAUCAGCCAAUGAAGACUUGACUUCUUCUACUGCUGCCCCCGAGGCCCGUAUUCAUCAAGCUCCGGCAUUUGUAACAACCCCGCAGGAAACUCAGCUGUCUAUACCACCAACCACAAUCACCUCCAGCUCUGAUCGAGAGGGAGACUCAAGUACCGAGCUAUCAACAGUAUCCCCCAAGCCUUCCUCAGUUUCAGAAGAAACCCCUGAAGACCGCUCAUAUGUGCGAAAGGGAGAAAUGACUCCUGGUCAAAGCCGUCUGUACUUCCUUCAUGUGUACUUGGAAGACAAGACAACGUAUAACGUGACAAUGUCUGGCAAGCUAUCUGGUCCACUCAAUAUUGGCAACUUUAGCAACGCACUUGACGCUCUUUCUGAGAAACACGAAGGUCUUCGAACUUCCUUUUACUUGGAUAGUCCCAGCGGAAAAGCCAUGCAAGGAGUGAACAGACGAUCAAGCAUCAUUUUGGAGCAUGUAGACAUCCCUGGUGCAUCGAGUGCUAAGAUACAGGAAUAUCUUGAUGAUAUGAAACGCUUCAAGUUUGAUCUGAAUGGUGGUGAAUGGAUGAAGAUUCAAAGUCUUUCUUUAUCUCCAAGAGAUCAUCGCAUCAUCUUCACGUUUCAUCACAUUGCACUUGACGGCGUUGGCUGGAGUAUAUUUCUCAAAGAUUUAAACGAUGCUUACGCAGGCAAAGGAGUCAGAACCCCGAGACAGCAGGCAAUCGAUCUUUCUCAAAAGAUGCAACGAGAGGCAGCAGGUAGAAAGCUUGAAGAAGAUUUGCGAUUCUGGAGAGACACAUAUGAUAGCAUCCCUGGGCCAAUGCCCCUAUUUCCAACCUCCGAGGUCCAAUGUCGCCAACUGCUCAAGAGUUACGAUACAGAGACUUUGGACCUCAUUCUGCAGAGACCACUCGUUCACCAGAUCAAGCAAGCAAGUGCAGAGCUCCAGGUUACUUCUUUUCACUUCUAUCUCUCUGCCAUAGCUGCAUUUGUGUCUAAAUGCCUCAACAUCGACGAUUUCGCUAUUGGUAUAUUAGACGCAAACCGAACAAGUGCUGCGGAUAUGGCUACAAUUGGAUACUUUACAAACUUGCUACCGCUACGCUUUAAGACAUACACAAGCCAAAGCUUCGGAGAUCUUGCCGUCCGAACCAGAGAUAUCACGCUGGCCGCCCUAAGUCAUUCGCGAGUUGACUUUGAUCAGAUUCUUGAUACACUGAAGAUUUCCAGAUCUGGAGACCAGAAUCCUCUAUUCCAGAUCGCUGUGAAUUACCGACUAGGAGGCUCAAGAACUAUGCCGCUCGGAGAGUGCGAGAUCCAGUGGACUUCAACACAUGAUGCGCGAAAUCCCUAUGAUCUCAUUAUAGACAUCUCAGAGAUUGCAGAGGGCACAAUUAUCUCAUUCACCACUCAAAGCUACCUUUACAGCACUUCUGAUACAGAUAUGCUCCUCAAGUGGUACACUCAUACCCUCAAGGAGUUUGCUGCCGAUACGUCAAAACAGGCGUUGGACUGUGGUCUUGCUUCUAGCACUGAUAUCCAGCGCGCAACCUCAGUGGGCCGUGGUAGUCGCAUUGGCAUAGAAUGGGACGCUCCAACGCUCGCUCAUAGAAUCAUUGAGAUGGCAGAACUAAGUCCGGCGUCUGUGGCGAUCAAGGAUGGAUAUGGUCGACAACUAACUUACUCUGACAUGAUGCGACGCGUGCAGCAAUUUGCUGAAAAUCUCAGCAGCUUGUCUCCAGGAUCAUACGUUGGCGUUCUUCUAGAUCCUGCAGCCGAUACUAUCUGUUCCUUGGUGGCUAUCAUGAUUCUUGGUUUGGUGUAUGUGCCACUUGACCUACGAAAUCCGGAGGGGCGCCUGGCUGCCAUCAUCGCAGAUUGCAAACCUGCAGCUAUAAUUUGCCAGAAUGAGACGCUCGACUUGGCACAAAAUCUUACACUAGCAGCGGACAAUACUCUUACUACUUUACUAAACACGUCAGAUGUGCCAACGGCGACAACGAGAGCUAACUCUCCGAUUAAUUGCCUUGCCCAGUCUCAUGCCCCUGGCUUUGCCAUAUAUACCAGUGGGUCAACUGGCACGCCCAAGGGAGUCUUGCUCACCCACAAUGGCGUUUUGAAUCAGAUUUGGGGAAUUACCAAGAUAUUUGAGAUCAAAAGAGAGACUGUCCUCCAGCAAAGUUCUUUUGGAUUCGAUCUUUCUUUGGAACAAGUAUUCAUUGCCUUGGCAAAUGGCGGUACACUUAUUGUGGCUUCCAAGGAAGCUAGAGGCAAUGCGCUGGAGAUUGCAAAUCUCAUACUCUCGGAAAACAUUACAUACACUGUAUUUGUUCCUUCCGAGUAUUUGCAUCUUUUGCAUUAUACCUCCAAUAUUCUCAAAACGUGCUCAUCUUGGAAAUUUGCAUUCUCUGGAGGAGAAAAGGUUACGGCUCAGUUGCGUCGAGGAUUCAAUAAGCUGGAUCUUCCAGAUCUGCGUCUCAUUAAUCUCUAUGGACCCGCAGAAGCCAGUCUCUCUUGCACGCGGUAUGAGAUUCCAUACAAGACGGAUAAGACAACGACAGCGAGUCCAGCUGGCUUUGUAAUGCCCAACUAUACGGUCAUUGUGGUUGAUCAAAAUGGAAGCCCGCUGCCUUUUGGCUUCCCCGGAGAGAUUUGUAUUGCAGGUGCCGGCAAUUCAGUUGGAUACGUCAACCGACCUCAAGAGACAGCAACAAAGUUUACUCCGGAUCGUGUCUCACCUGUAGAAGAUAUCAGCCGGGGAUGGAACACACUCUAUCAUACAGGGGACAAGGGCCGAAUGCUAGAGAAUGGCCUUCUGGAGUUCAUUGGGCGGCUCGACGGAGACUCGCAAGUAAAGAUCCGCGGCAUGCGCAUCGAACUGGAGGAAAUAGCCAAAACUAUAGUGGAUGCCUCCCAAGGAGCAGUCGAUGAUGCUUCCGUGUCUCUUCGUGGUUCCGACCUGCUUGUCGCUCAUGUUGUGUUCUCGGACGGCUUCGCGGGAGAUAUGAACUCGGCCUUGGAGAACCUCAGGAAAGAUCUGCCUUUGCCGUCGUACAUGUGUCCAACGCAUAUCAUUGCUAUUGAUGAAAUUCCAAUGAACGCCAAUGGCAAAAAGGACAGAUCUAAGAUUGAUGCUCUUCCAAUUCCAGAUACACUGGAAGUCAAACCGCAAACAGGCGACCUCAGCGACGUCGAAAAAGAAGUAGCAGCUGUCUGGCGAGACGUGCUCCCCACUCCAAUGAAGGCUUCACAAUUGAAUCCAGACACAAACUUCUUCUUUGUUGGUGGAAACUCGCUUCUACUAUUGAAGCUUCAAGCAGAGUUGGACAUGGCAUUUGGCCGCAGCUUGACGCUCUCGGAACUAUUCCAAGCGAGCACAAUCCGCGAAAUGGCUGCACGAAUACAGGCCGUUCCCGAUAAGGCUCUUCGUCAGCAUAUUGACUGGAGCAAGGAAAUCCGAUCCUUAUGUGAUGGCUUAUCACGCAGCUCCUUCACCAAGUCUACAAACGUUUCAUCCAAGUCAGGGCUCUCCGUUGUCCUCACAGGCGCCACUGGAUUUCUAGGGCGAAACAUCCUCAAGUGUCUUGUCAAUGAUGACCGAGUAAGCGAGAUUCAUUGCAUUGCCAUCCGACCUGAUGUCAAUGGGCUACCACGACAUGUAGAUGUCUCGAGCUCCAAAAUCAUCGAAUACAGCGGUGAUCUUGCCGAACACGACUUGGGUCUAUCUCCAGAACAGCUUGAGAGCAUCGUAUCUUGCGCCAAUGUCAUGAUUCACAAUGGCGCAGACGUGUCGUUCAUGAAAACAUAUCAGUCGCUGCGACGCUCCAAUGUCCUGUCAACACGGCGCUUGGCUGAAAUCGCGGCUGCGGCAUCUAUCCCGUUCCACUUCGUAUCGACAGCUUCCGUUGCGCACUUGUAUCCAGGAGAACAUUUAACUGAAGCUCCUAUUGAACUUCAAGCAGAUCUACCGGCCGAUGGCCAGCAAGGCUACGCGAUAUCGAAGUGGAUUAGCGAGGCACUUCUGGAGUAUCUUGUUGACAACCAUGCUCUCCAAAGCUGCGUGCAUCGACCUACCAGUAUCAUCGGAGAUGGCGCGCCCGAUACAGACAUUAUUGCUUCACUCCGUACCUAUUCUGAGAUUCUUGGUUCUGUGCCCCAAUUAUCAGGAGUCAUUGAAGGAAACUUGGAUUUCGUGGACGUUGAACACGUGGCAAAGAAUAUUGCGACUCAGGCUCUCGCGUCAACAAUUUCGAAUCAAAUGGACUCAUCGCCAAAGGCUUCCUAUGUAAAUCAUUGCAGCGAAGAGAAAGUGCCCAUUCCAAAUCUGAAAGAUUACAUGGAGAAGGCUAAAGGAAAGUCGUUUGACGACCUAGAGUUGAACGAUUGGUUGCAAAAGGCACGCGAGGCUGGGCUUAAUGAGCUUAUUUGUGACUAUUUGAAGGAUAUGGUUGAGAAGAAGGAGCCUCUACGUCUACCAUCACUUGUAAAAGGCAAGGUAUGA